AUGUCAGUAUUCGAGCAUACGUGUUGGGCAGCAGCGCACAUGCACUGUGCAGACUCAGUGGAAGCCACUUCCAUUGGUGCCAGCCAGAUUCACGAUGCACAGCAGGAGUCGCAUAUUCAGCAAAUCUCUAUAUAUGUUAAUACUACCACCGGAUGUAUUUUCCUCGCAUCUUUUCACGAGUCGCUGCUCCCCAGUUACAUCGCGCAACCUGACCAAGCUCACUCUCUGGCACCACUCAAAUACUGUGUCCCAACCUCCAGGAGAUUGACAUGGGAGUCAACGGCAGUGACAAUGGAUGAAGAUGCCCACAGAGAACGACCUCGUCACUACGGUGGAAAAAGCUGGCACGGCGAUAUCGUUGUGAUGUGCAUAGGUGUUGCUGAGGUCAAAGAACAGAUACCUGUCAGAUUGGAUGAUAAAGAAGCAGGGUCACCCACUGCGCAUGCCCAAGACGCUCUCAUUUUGCAAAGAAUAGCCGUAGUCAGAGAGAUGACCCAAGUACUGAGUGAGGAAGCAAGGUGGCACCAGCAGUGGGUAGACGAGACUGGUGCCAAACAAUCUGCAGCCAAACACUCAGGGUUUACUCAGGCUACUUCUAUAGCAGCAAGAUCCUGUUGCACUCUCAUGAUGUGCUUCUGGAGGCCCAUGAACGUUGCAGUCAAAGUUCUGGGAUGUGAAUACUUUAUUGUCUACGAGCUCAACUUAGAGGCGGUCAACGAGUUUGAGAUGGCAGCAGCCAGAGAACCUGAAAGCCUGGUUGAGAUCAUGAACCACAAAGAGGGUCAAAUCUGA